GACGUCACGGGGCUUUCUGACGCCUCAGUGAGAAGCUGCAGACUCAGCUGCCCUGGCGCCCCGCACCUCAGUUACAUCUCGGGUCCCGGGGUAGCCAGGCCAUGAUACCAUAGGAGGCCAUGUCGAGACGAGACGUCAUCCUCACCAAUGUCACCGUUGUCCAGCUGCUGCGGCAACCAUGCCCAGUGGUCAGACUACCACCCCCACCAGAGCCGCAGCCGGUGGCUGAGCCUAAACCAGAGCCAGUUAAGGAGGAAGUCAAGCCACAGCUGCCACCUCCUUCUGCACCCAAGAAAGCACCUAUAAGUCAAGAGCUGACUGUAGGCAUCAAUGGAUUUGGACGCAUCGGUCGCCUGGUGUUGCGAGCCUGCAUGGAGAAGAGCGUUAAAGUGGUGGCUGUGAAUGAUCCAUUCAUUGACCCAGAAUACAUGGUGUACAUGUUCAAGUAUGAUUCCACACAUGGCAGGUACAAGGGGAAUGUGGAGCACAAGAAUGGACAGCUGAUUGUGGACAACCAAGCAAUCAAUGUCUACCAGUGCAAAGACCCCAAAGAAAUACCCUGGAGUGACGUCAGGAACCCCUAUGUGGUGGAGGCCACAGGCGUGUACCUGUCCCUAGAGGCAACUUCGGCGCACAUCUCAGCAGGUGCCCACCGUGUGGUCAUCUGCGCACCCUCGCCAGAUGCACCAAUGUUUGUCAUGGGGGUGAAUGAGAAGGAAUAUAACCCUGGCUCUAUGAAAAUUGUCAGCAACGCGUCCUGUACCACCAACUGCCUGGCCCCCCUUGCCAAGGUCAUCCAUGAGCGAUUUGGGAUUGUGCAAGGAUUGAUGACCACAGUCCAUUCCUACACGGCCACACAGAAGACAGUGGAUGGGCCAUCAAAGAAGGCCUGGCGAGAUGGACGCGGUGCCCACCAGAACAUCAUCCCAGCCUCCACUGGGGCAGCCAAAGCUGUGGGUGCAGUCAUCCCAGACCUCAAAGGGAAGCUAACAGGAAUGGCAUUCCGAGUGCCAAGCCCAGAUGUGUCUGUUGUGGACCUCACCUGCUGCCUGGCCCAGGCUGCCCCCUACUCAGCCAUCAAGGAUGCUGUAAAAGAAGCAGCCAAGGGACCCAUGGCUGGCAUUCUUGCCUACUGUGAGGAUGAGGUGGUUUCCACGGACUUUGUCGGUGACACCCACUCGUCCAUCUUUGAUGCUAAGGCUGGCAUCGCCCUCAAUGACAAGUUUGUGAAACUCAUUUCCUGGUACGACAAUGAAUAUGGCUACAGUCACCGAGUGGUCGACCUCCUCCGCUACAUGUUCAGCCAAGAGAAGUAGAGCAAGAAGGCCCCUCCUUUGAGUCCUCGUGCUCCAGUUCCCGUACUUGGCUCCCCGGGGUAAAUAAAAACCCAAGUAUU